GCCCCAUUCAACCAAAUACAAACAACUGCCCAAUAACUACCAUCUGACAGAUACCCUGCCCGUUUCUCUCCUCUAUAAAUCCAAAGCCACGCAAAACUUUGUUCUUCACCAAAAGAAAAUAAGAGCUUGGUUUUCCUUCUACUCUGCUAAAACUAAAGAAAAAAAGAAAUGGGUGCAAACUCUAACAGGGUCGAAGAUUUCUCAAGGCAUAAUGGAAGUACUACAACAACAACAACAACUCUCAAGGUUUCAACAGAGAUACCAAUGCCGCCACCUGAGGCAAUGGAGAUACACAACGUUUGCCUGCCACCGCAGAAAACCACUUUCCAGAAGCUAAAACACAGGCUUUCAGAGAUUUUCUUCCCUGAUGAUCCUCUCUACAGAUUCAAGAAGCAAACAUGGUGUAAGAAACUGGUUUUGGGACUUCAGUUUUUGUUCCCAAUAUUCCAGUGGGGGCCUGAGUAUAAUCUCAGCCUGUUUAGGUCUGAUAUCAUUUCUGGUCUCACCAUUGCUAGCCUUGCAAUCCCACAGGGAAUCAGUUAUGCAAAGCUUGCAAAUUUGCCACCUAUUGUUGGACUAUAUUCAAGCUUUGUUCCUCCAUUGAUUUAUUCUGUCCUUGGAAGUUCUAGACAUCUUGCUGUUGGUCCGGUGUCCAUUGCAUCCUUAGUCAUGGGCACAAUGUUAAGUGAAAGUGUUUCCCCUGUUGAAGAGCCAAUUCUCCACCUAAAAUUGGCCUUCACUGCGACCUUCUUUGCUGGUUUAUUUCAGGCAUCUUUGGGUCUGCUAAGGUUAGGCUUCGUGAUUGAUUUUCUGUCCAAGGCAACUCUUAUUGGAUUCAUGGCUGGAGCAGCAGUCAUUGUGUCCUUGCAGCAGCUGAAAGGGUUGCUUGGAAUUGUUCAUUUUACUGGCAAGAUGCAGCUCAUUCCUGUUAUGACCUCUGUAUUUGACCAUAGAAAAGAGUGGUCCUGGCAAACUAUUGUAUUGGGAUCCAUCUUCCUGUUGUUUCUGUUGACAACAAGGCAUAUUAGCACGAGGAAACCAAAGCUUUUCUGGGUAUCAGCAGCCGCCCCGUUAACAUCAGUGAUUCUCUCAACUCUUCUAGUCUUCUGCAUUAAAUCAAAACCUCAUGGAAUCUCAAUUAUUGGCCAUUUGCAAAAGGGUUUGAAUCCACCUUCAUUGAACAUGCUAUACUUUAAUGGCCAAUAUCUUGCAUUAGCUAUCAAGACCGGCAUUAUCACUGGGAUCUUGUCGCUCACUGAAGGAAUUGCAGUGGGAAGGACAUUUGCUUCUCUAAGGAACUACCAAGUUGAUGGAAACAAAGAAAUGAUGGCUAUUGGUCUCAUGAACAUGGCUGGUUGUUGCACUUCAUGUUAUGUGACAACAGGAUCAUUUUCUCGAUCUGCAGUAAAUUAUAAUGCUGGAGCACAAACAGCAGUCUCUAACAUAGUAUUAGCUACAACUGUGCUUGUGACUCUGCUGUUUCUCAUGCCACUGUUUUACUACACCCCUAAUGUCAUCUUAGGAGCCAUCAUCAUAACAGCAGUGAUUGGGCUUAUUGAUUAUCAAGCCGCAUAUAAAUUGUGGAAAGUUGACAAACUCGACUUCCUGGCUUGUGUUUGUUCCUUCUUUGGGGUUCUUUUCAUUUCUGUUCCUUUGGGACUUGCCAUUGCAGUUGGAGUUUCUGUAUUCAAGAUUCUCUUGCAUGUCACCAGGCCAAACACUGUGGUCUUGGGGAAUAUUCCAAGAACAGAGAUAUACCAAAGCCUCAACCGAUACAGAGAAGCUUCAAGGGUCCGUUCGUUUCUCAUACUGGCCAUUGAAUCUCCAAUCUACUUUGCAAAUUCCACUUAUCUACAGGAGAGGAUAUUAAGAUGGGUUCGAGAGGAGGAAGAACGGAUUAAGGCCAACCGUGAAAGCACUUUGAAAUGUAUAAUCAUUGACAUGACUGCUGUCACAGCCAUAGAUACAAGCGGCAUCGACAUGGUACGUGAACUAAGAAAGAUGCUGGAGAAAAGAUCACUUCAGCUUGUGUUGGUAAAUCCUGUGGGAAGUGUGACGGAAAAGUUGCAUCACUCCAAAAUCUUGGAGUCGUUUGGAAUGAAUGCCUUCUAUCUCACAGUUGGGAAAGCCGUGGCAGAUAUCUCAGCUUCAUGGAAGCCUCAGCCAUGACUUUGUAGAGGACACAGCAGACAUUGGAGAGACUGCGAUUAACACGUUUAUACCGUUGGCAGUCUUGGAAGAUUUGUAGUUUUUACUUUUCAUUUUGCGAGGAACCCAAAUCAGUUAAUCAUUAUGCUUUGGUUUGGUGGAGAAACGAAAGUUAAGCUUCUUCAACUUAUGCAGUCUACCAAACCAAGUUGAAGCCCCCUCCUCUGGUGUUCCAAAUUUAUCUGCUCAUUUCAAAUGGAUGUAAGAAAUUAAAUCAAUUUUGAUGUUAAUAAAUCACCUUAUUUUGGGUUUUUACCAGCCCAAGUCACAAAGUUGUCAUCAUCUUCAACUGGCUAGACAUGAGAGAUUUGACAUGGAUCUCAAGUUUUGAGUUCUGGAAACUUACUAUUUGACAGUUAAGAAUCCAAGAGCUUCAAAGCAAAUCAUACGGAUGUUAAUCUGACAAGUUUCUUAAUCCUUCAUGUAGCCGCUAUGGGCAACAUUUUAUGAUAUUCACCAUAACAGCCACGCCAUUGAAACAACUCAAGCUGAAGAAACAAUUUGCUUUGUGCAUCUUGCGAGUGAAAUCGCUGUUCUAGGUUUUCCUGAAGCCUCUAACAACUAGUAACUGCAAACAAAAGUUUCCCCGCCACAGUUCAUUAAAGCAUUAGUCCACAUGACUGUGCAAUAAGAAAACUUUAUCCAAAGCUUAAAAGGCCAAUAACUACAACUUUAAUUCUUUUAAUUCACCUCAUCGUGCCAAUAUGCUGGGGAAAAUGGGUAGAGAGAAAGGUUGCCCUUACUCCUCUUGCACCCUUUCAUCACACUUUUCUCAAGUGUAAUCAGGAUGAGUUUCCCCAUUCCAGGACCAGGGCAUAAAUGUUCAAUAAUUCAACAGUCAAGCUGAUGUUGC